UACUAAUAAAAUUAUUAUAUUUAGAGGACGAAGAAAAACCGAAAACGAGAAGUCAAAUUGCAUCACACUUUCCAAUUUUCCACUCCUCGUCUUUCUUUCUUUAUUAUAAAAAUAAAAAUUAGAAAAUAAAAAACCGAUUAUUUAAGAAAGAGAAAGGGAUCAGUGAGAGUUUUCGAGAGAGAAAGAGGGAGUGAGAGAGAGAUGUCGGGAGGAAUAGCGCGUGGUCGACUCGCCGAGGAACGGAAGGCAUGGAGGAAGAACCAUCCUCAUGGUUUUGUUGCGAAGCCAGAGACUUUGCCUGAUGGAACGGUGAAUUUGAUGGUGUGGCAUUGCACCAUCCCUGGUAAAGCAGGGACUGAUUGGGAGGGUGGUUACUUCCCACUCACACUACACUUCAGUGAAGAUUAUCCUAGCAAGCCUCCAAAGUGUAAAUUUCCACAAGGCUUUUUCCACCCAAAUGUUUACCCAUCUGGUACUGUCUGCCUUUCAAUCCUAAAUGAGGAUAGUGGCUGGAGACCAGCCAUAACCGUGAAGCAGAUUCUCGUGGGAAUCCAGGAUUUGCUGGAUGCGCCAAAUCCUGCUGAUCCUGCUCAAACUGAUGGGUAUCACCUCUUCAUCCAGGAUGCAAAUGAAUAUAAGAGAAGGGUUCGCCAGCAAGCCAAGCAGUACCCACCUCUUAUCUAGUGUUACUAAAAUGCCGGCUAGCUGCUUCAUGUAUAAUGCUAGACCUUGCUUUUGCUAGAUAAAAACCUAUGGUAUUUGGCAAUUGCCAGUUACCUUUCUAUUUAAACUGUAUGAACCAGCAUUUGCCCUCAUCAGAUUUGGAUAAAUGGUUUUUUAUAUACUAGUAGACUUGAAGUGGAAGUUGCUUUGCUGUACAGAUCUUGCGUUGUUUUUUGGGAAGCAUGCUCCAAUGACAAAUGGCAAUGGUUU